UGUCACCAAUACUACUAAUCAUUUAUCAGCUGAAGUCUCAUUGGAGGCUAUUUUGCCGACAAACCACACCAAAAGACACUACCGUCGAUGAUCCACAAGCGCACACACCACCAGCCAUCGGCCCAUUUAAAGCCGCCGAGCCAACCCGCGUUGUACAACACACAGCCACCGAAGCUUCCGUUUGUAGCCUCAUGGCGGCGAUCCGAUCACCGGCCACACCACUUCUCCUCGCUUGCUCCAUGCUCGCCUUCGUCGGAAGUCUCCACGCCGGAAGCAUCGCCAUCUACUGGGGGCAGAACGGCAACGAGGCAACCCUGGCCGAGACCUGCGCCUCCGGGAACUACAAGUUCGUCAACAUCGCCUUCCUCCCCACCUUCGGCAACGGUCAGACUCCCAUGAUCAACCUCGCCGGCCACUGCGACCCCUACUCCAACGGCUGCACCGGGCUGAGCCGGGACAUCGCCGCCUGCCAGCGCGCCGGCAUCAAGGUGCUGCUCUCCAUCGGCGGCGGCGUCGGGAGCUAUUACCUCUCCUCCCGCGAGGACGCCAGGCGGGUCGCCACCUACAUCUGGAGCAACUUCCUCGGCGGUUCCUCGUCGUCCCCUCGGCCGCUCGGGGACGUCGUCCUGGACGGCGUCGACUUCGACAUCGAGGGCGGCACCGACAAGCACUGGGACGAGCUCGCCGGGUUCCUCAAGGCCUACAGCAACAGAGGCAAGAAGGUGUACCUGAGUGCAGCACCGCAGUGCCCUUUCCCCGACGCAUGGAUCGGCGAAGCCCUCACGACCGGCCUCUUCGACUUCGUGUGGGUUCAGUUCUACAACAACCCACAGUGCCAGUACAGCUCCGGCAACACCAAAAACAUGGCGGACGCAUGGAAGCAGUGGACCGCCAUCCAUGCAACGAAGGUCUUCCUUGGGCUUCCUGCUGCUCCUCAGGCAGCCGGUAGUGGCUUCAUUCCGGCUGAGGAGCUCAUAUCGCACGUACUGCCGAUCGUGAAGAGGUCCGACAAGUACGGAGGCAUCAUGCUGUGGUCUAAGUACUACGAUGAACUCACUGGGUAUAGCUCAAAGGUUAAGCACUACGUGUGAUGUGCAGUGACCUGUGUGUCACUCACCACCUACCUAUCUAUCUAUGUUGCGUGUGUGUGUCUCUCUAUAUCACAUCCUAUAUAAGCAUCCAUGUGAAGGUAUUGCGUAAUGUUAUGAUACUUUCGACAUCUGUUGUAUCCUUUUA